AUGGCCUGCUUCACCUCGAACCCUCUGCAGCAAAAGCAUGCAUUCUCACUCACUCACUGUAAGUAUCCAUCACCAUCUCUUAAUACUUGCAAAUUCCACUCUUUAUCUCCCAUUCCUGGUUGCUCACCUUCCAAGCACACACCAUUUUCUGUAGCUAGACCCCAUGCCAGGACCAUACUAAAUGUACAUGACACUCCAACAAAAACCAAACAUUCAAGAACUAGAAAAGAAACUAAUGCAUCGGGGAUUUCUUCUUCAAGGAGAAUAGCUAAAAGGGUAGAGAGAAAACAUGUUAAAAACCUUACUACUUCUUUAGUAGAGGAGAAGACUGAGAAGCGGUUUGCAAAGGAUAAAAAUACAAGAAAUGACAUGGGUUUUAGAGAAAGGAAAGAAAUGGGUUCUGAGAAUUGUACUAUGAGGUCUAGAGAUGGGGAUAAGGGGAUUAAAUCUUUGGAAACCAUUGACAGUAAAGUUGUUAGUGGUCAAAUGGGGAAUAAAACAAAAAAAGGUAGUGAUAAUCAAGUUAUUAGAGAGGAGAAAAUUGGAAAGGGGUCCAAAGAAGACGAGGUUGAUUCAUCAGAACCCAAGUUACGAGUUAGGUUGGAUAUGUGCUCGAAAAGAGGAGAUGUCAUGGGUGCAAUUCAAUUAUAUGAUCUAGCUCAGAGAAAAGGAAUCAAGAUGGGGCAGUACCAUUAUGCUGUACUUUUGUAUCUUUGUUCCUCUGCUGCUGUUGGUGUUGUUCAACCAGCUAAAAGUGGGAGUGGUAGUCGAGCCUUUGAUUCGUUAGACGUGUCUAAUGUAAAAUUUCUGGAGUUGAGUGAAUUAAAGGAUAAGGAUGAUAGGAAAGUUGGUGCUACAGAAUUGGAUAUUCAAGUUUCCAGAAAUAGGAAGAAAUUAGUCAAUGCUGAUAGAGAACCUGGAAGUAUUGCUAAAAUGGAGUUGAAUCAUAACAGUAAGUCUGGUAAUUUCAAUUACAAGGAGAGUUUGGUCCCGUUUUCCAAUGGGUGUAACAAGCCAAACUCUCAACACUUGGAUGGGCUGCCUUCACUUAGAAAAGAUAAAAAUAUCGAUAACCAUCGCAAUCAUGAAAUUCAGGUCAGUGAAGAUGUCAAGAAGUAUGCACUUCAAAGGGGCUUCGAGAUCUUUGAGAAAAUGUGUAAGGAAAAGGUCCCAAUGAACGAAGCAACCCUGACAGCUGUGGCUAGAAUGGCAAUGUCAAUGGGUAAUGGUGAUCUGGCCUUUGAUAUGGUGAAGCAGAUGAAGCCACUAGGGAUAAAUCCUAAAUUGCGUUCGUAUGGACCUGCUCUAUCUGUGUUUUGCAGCAGUGGAGACAUCGAUAAAGCAUUUUCUGUAGAGAAGCACAUGUUGGAACAUGGCGUUUAUCCAGAAGAGCCCGAAUUGGAGGCACUCCUAAGAUUGAGUGUAGAAGCUGGUAAAAGUGACAAGGUUUAUUAUUUGUUGCAUAAACUAAGAACAAGUGUAAGGAGGGUCUCACCCUCUACUGCAGGCAUAAUUGUUAGAUGGUUUAGCAGUAAGGCAGCUUCAAGAGUGGGGAAAACAAAAUGGGACCAUAGAUUGGUUAAUGAAGCAAUUGAAAGUGGAGGUGGAGGAUGGCAUGGGCUGGGUUGGCUGGCUAUAAAGUUCAAGUGCUUAAUUGUGACCAAUGACGAGAUGAGAGACCAUACAUUUCACCUUCUAGGAAACGACUUUUUCCCUAGAUGGAAAGAAAGGCAUCAAGUGCAUUUCAGAAUUACUGAUGCUGGUCCAGUUUUUGACAUGCCUCCGCCUUGCUCAGUUGUAAUUCAGGAGUCAGAUAAAGGAUACUGGCAUAUUCCAAUUGAAACAGAGUGUGAAUAUGAAGCAGAAAGACCCUGGUUAUGCAUUACACGGGCUAAAGCACAAACGGCAAGGCAGCAUUAUAUCACCACCACACCUGAAGUGGUGCUCCUUCACAGCCUUAAUGAAACAAAGCCUGUAUUUAAGACCAUAAGAAAGGCAGCUGUAGUGGUGGACAUCAGGUCUCUGGUCUUACAAGUAGGCUUAGAAUCAUAUGUUACUGGAUCACAAUCUGUUGGACAUAGUAAAAAGCAAGCGAGGUCCACUGUGCAGACUGGAGUUGCGAUAAAGCCAGAGCACUUCAAACAUAGCAUCUCCGAAAACGUAGGAAAGCCACUUCAAGACUAUAAGAAUCUUAGAAAUAUUCUUGCAGCAUCAGGGUUCCCAGAUCAUCGCACUGUUCGAUUAGAAAUUGAGGCAGCAGAGGAACUUGGAGACUGUGUUAUUGACUUUCAGAUAUGA